UAUUGCGCGGCCCACCAGGUUUGAGGAAAAACCCCUGUUGAUGAACAGCAGGAUGAAGACGAGGCCAGCGGUGCUGAUAUGGAAGAUGAUCCCAUGGACCACUAUGAUCCCACAGGUCAUGAUGAUUACACUCCACUGUUACCGAUGUCAUCGCAAGGACCAUCACAGCCUGUUAAACCAAAGACCACAUCCUCUCUGGUUAAGCUUACGGAAGAUGAGCUUUAAACCAACCAAAUGCUCAAGAUUACAGCGCCAUGUUGAUGUGCACCUGAAAAAUGCGGUGUCUUUCAAAGAUAAAAAGAUUUGUAAAUGCAAUUUGGACUGUAGGACAGAUGGCCGUUAUCACUGCCCCCAGUGUGAGAGAACUAUCAUCAGGAGGGAUGCCAUGACAAGUCAUCUGCUGUUGUGUCAAGGGGCUUCCGUUCCUGUUUCAUCAGCUGCACUGCCCUCUAUGCAUGCUGUACUGCCCAUGCCUGCUGUAAACCAGCGUAUUAAAAUCACCACCCAUAUCCAACUGCCUCAAAGUCCAGCCUAUAGGACUCUGACGACUAUGUGUGAUCACUGUGGCUUUGUGCUCCUGAGAAAGAACUUGAAGCAGCACCUGCUGAGGAAACACCCGGAGAUAGCCACUCCAUUGGAGGGAGCAGAAUCAGAUCCUGUGUCUGUGGCACAACAACACGGCACCGUGAAACAUGCUGAAGGGACCAGACGGAGACUGGCCGCCACCUGCACCAUAUGUGGGCGUACGGUGACCAUGAAGAACAUGCGAGCACACAUGAACAGAAAACACACUGAUUCCUGGUAGAUGCCUGCUUUGCAAACAUAGGCAUUAUAGCCUGAUCCCAGAUCUGUUUGUGCUUUUGCCUUUUGUCAUUGAGAAGCAAAACAAUUUGGUCAAGAAAAAGAGUACAAGGAGUAGAAUGUUAGCAAAACAGGUUCUGGAUUCCAGGAUAUAGGCUUCAUGCAUCAACUACUUAAUUGAUGCCUGAAUUCUAUUUUUUUAUAUAUAUUUUUAUAACAAAUCUUGUACAUUCAUGUUGUAUAUAUUUUUUACCAUACAAAUGGAGAAAAUUGCAUUUGUUAAUCUGACCCUUCAGUGUUAUUGGGUUAAGGUUAUGACCUGGCUGCCAGUUCCAUUUCCAAGGCCUGAGUGCUGGUCUUGCAAACAAGCACAACAAACAAUUGGGGAGAAUUUAUAGAAUAGAAUUUAUACCACUAUAAACAUUUAGUUAUUUUGAACAUUU